CCCUUACUGACUGGCUGGCUAUGGAGACUUGCUAGUGUGUCCAGUUGAACACGGUAAAGGAUUUGACCAAAGAUGUUAAGGAUUCGAUUGGGGAAUCCAAUCAAAUCUCUUUUUGACAGUUGAGGGCAUCAGCCUCCGGCUGCUUGUUCUGAUACAUGAUGAAGACAUUGACCUGCUGAGUACAAGCACAAGAUCCUCCGAAAGCAAGGCACCACCAGAUAUCCGAAGUACCGUACCGUACUUGGUACUGUACCGCCGGAGUAAGGCAGGGUAGCACAAUGAGAUUGCGGACACCAGCUGCGUCUUUCAUCAUUCUUCUGAGUGUUCUUCAGUUGCAACGUUCCUUUGGAUUUUUGUUGCAGCAAGCGCAGAUCAUCACACCCGCUGCCUCCACCUCUUCUCGUCUUUACUACGAUGCAACAACGCAAAGCAACCAAAACAACAAAUUAUUUGAAACUAGCCAACGCCACAUUCAUGUGGGAAAUUUGGAUUGGAAUCGUUCCGUUGAUGCAGUGUCUCGAGAGCUUUCGCAGGCGGUUACAGCGACCAGGUGCAUUGGCAUUGAAUUGAAACCAAUAAAUUCAAACCGACCCCGAGACCGAGACAAGCGGCACGGUGGCAGUGCCGUCAUUGAGUUUGUCUCGACUCAACAAGCCAGUCAAGGGUUGAAAGCCUUGAAGAUUUAUUCGGACCAAAACGGCUCCAACUAUCGCUUGAAGUACGCAGUUCUGGUGAAAGCACAGGACCAUGAAAACGUUGUUGUGACCAAAGAACAAUUGCAACGGAGACGAGAACGAACGGCAAGCUAUGGACGACGAAGAAGAAGGGUUGCGGAACGUACAGAUCAAAUUGUUGCCAAAUUACUAACAAGUCCAAUGAUGCAAACCCAUAUUCCAGUGCUGCAAGCGCCUUUGUUGGAUUGGUCCAAGUGCCCUGUAGAUGUCGGGGAAACAGAUGGUGGUGGAUUGGUGGAGGGAAGCGAUCGUGCCCAACGAAAACGUGCCGCCGUCGAGGCCUAUUUGCCCAUUGUACAAGAAUUUGUGAGUGCCUGUCAUCAUCAUGGAACAACGAGGGAGAAGAAAUCCAAGAAUGUCCUGGUGGCGGACAUGGGGUGCGGGACAGGGAAUCUGGCGCUCCCUCUUCAAUGGUGGCUAGAACGGCAACAGCAGCAACGGCACGGGAAGAACAGCUACAACUACAACAUGGUAUGUGUGGAUCGGAAUCCCAAAUCUCUGGAGCGACUAGAGCACCGAGCGGCACGUGCAAACCUUUCUGUCCACGCUUUAGAGGAAGAUCUGAUGCAUUUGAUCAAUACUGCUGAUGAUGAUGCCAACAAUCAGUUGUUGUCCGGUUGCAACCUCGUUGUUUCGCUGCAUGCUUGUGGAGCUGCAUCUGAUAUGGCCAUGGCGGCGGCGAUAGCACGAUCCAUUCCCUUUGCUAUUUCCCCUUGUUGCAUUGGGAAGGUCAAUAGUUGGUACUCGUCGUCGUCGUCAGCAAUGAUGGGAACAGGCAUGCCCUCGCCGUUGCAUGACUUGUCCUACCCUCGCUCCAAGUGGCUUCAGGGUGCUAUUCAAUUAGAAGAGUACGAGUUGCUGGCCAAGGCAGCGGACUACGGAGUCGUUUAUGGCGAUAAAGCUACAGACGCGGAGCUCCAACGAAGGGAUCGCUGCCGAUUGGCAAAGCGAAUUGUGGAAAUGGAUCGUUUGCGUUGGGCAGAGGAGCAUGGCUACGAAAUAGGUAUGGUGGAGCUUCCUCGAAUUGGACCCCUUUACCCAAAGCGGGAGCUCUUGUUGGGUGCACCAAAAGAUAGCUCUGCCGCUGUUAAGCUGAAAAAGCUGCAAGCAAGAUGAUGAUGGAUUAUUCCUAUGCUGUGUGGGCAUGGCUCCGAGCCAUGGUGGGGCGUGUGCUCGUGGAAUCUGGAUAUCAACCACUGGAUGCCAACCAGAUUAUGCAACAACCUCCCGCUUGACAAACAUAGCAGCACUUCGCUUUCUUUGAAAGACCUCGACCCUGAUGCAAGCUUGGGGCAAAGGUAUCCACCAGUCCAAGCACUGGUCUGCCAUCCGGCGUACCAAUAUCGUACCGUACCGUAUUCGCAUAUUCAUUGGAUCUUGCCAAAGCAAGCGGUGUUGCAUGCGAACCUCACGUUGUUCCAGUGGCAUUGACUAGAUUGGCGGCAAUUUCGGUGUCCAUUGGUACAGCUGUAGGUUGCUGAGACUUAGAGUAUGGCUGACCGUUCACUGGGCCUAUUCCCGGCACAUCGACGGUCUGUGGAAUUGGGGAAAAUAGUAAUUGCAACAGCUUGGAUUUAGAUUACUCUACUGUCCUCAG